GGGAAGCAGAGCGCAGUCGGGACUGGCCAGGUGCAGCGCGCGCCCCAGCCAGCGCCGAGCGGCAGGCGCACGGGCACCGCGCCGGGCACCACACCGGGCACCGCGCCGGGCACCGCGCCGGGCACCGCACCGCACCGCGCGGGGCACAGCGGAGCCGCCACCCCCCGCGCCGCCCAGGACCCGCUCGCCACCGCCGCCUCCGCAGCACCCAUGGGGACCAGGAGACUUUAAAGGAGUUUGGGGUUUCGGGAGCAGGGAAAUCACGGGUACGCAGAGGCGGCUUUCUUUGCCUUGGAAGCGGGUUUUCUUCGUCCGACUGUUUGGACCUGUGCCGGAUCCCCGCUGCUGGCCCUCGCCUCGCCGCGUCAUUGAUGGGCAACCAACUGGACCGCAUCACCCACCUCAACUACAGCGAGUUGCCCACAGGGGACCCGUCGGGGAUCGAGAAGGACGAGCUGCGGGUCGGGGUCGCCUACUUCUUCUCGGAUGAGGAGGAGGACCUGGACGAACGCGGCCAGCCCGACAAGUUCGGCGUGAAGGCCCCGCCGGGCUGCACUCCGUGCCCGGAGAGCCCCAGCCGCCACCACCACCAUCACCACCACCACCACCACCACCACCACCACCACCUGCUGCACCAGCUGGUCCUCAACGAAACUCAGUUCUCCGCCUUCCGGGGCCAGGAAUGCAUCUUCUCCAAAGUGAGCGGCGGCCCUCAGGGCGCCGACCUGAGCGUCUACGCGGUCACGGCGCUGCCCGCGCUCUGCGAGCCCGGCGACCUGCUGGAGCUGCUGUGGCUGCAGCCGGCGCCCGAGCCGCCCGCCCCCGCCCCCGCCCCGCACUGGGCCGUGUACGUGGGUGGCGGGCAGAUCAUCCACCUGCACCAAGGCGAGAUCCGCCAGGACAGCCUGUACGAGGCGGGCGCGGCCAACGUGGGCCGGGUGGUGAAUAGCUGGUACCGCUACCGCCCGCUGGUGGCCGAGCUGGUGGUGCAGAACGCCUGCGGCCACCUGGGCCUCAAGAGCGAGGAGAUCUGCUGGACGAACUCGGAGAGCUUCGCCGCCUGGUGCCGCUUCGGCAAGCGGGAGUUCAAGGCCGGAGGGGAGGUGCCGGCCGGCACGCAGCCGCCGCAGCAGCAGUACUAUCUCAAGGUGCACCUGGGCGACAACAAGGUGCACACGGCCAGGUUUCACAGCCUGGAAGACCUCAUCCGCGAGAAGCGCCGCAUCGACGCCAGCGGCCGCCUGCGCGUGCUCCAGGAGCUCGCCGACCUCGUGGACGACAAGGAGUAGCCGCGUGGCGGGCCGCCUGCCCCGCCCGUCUCCCCGCGCCCCGCUCCCCUCCCCGCUCCCGGGCUCCCCGGCCGGCGGGCCGCGCCCCCCGCCCCCUCGAGCGCCCUCCUGCGGCGGCCCGCGCGCCCAGGCUGCGCCCUCGCACCCCUCCG